AUGUCAGUUCAAUAUUUCAUCAUCCCCUGCGUCAAUUAUCAUUAUAGUCAAAUGUCAGUUCAGUAUUUCAUCAUCCCCUGCGUCAAUGUCAUUAUCAAAUGUGUCCAUAUGAUUAGACCACUGAGGAGAAAAAGUGACAAAUUUUAAAUCUAGUGAAAAUAAGAAUCAAAAUAUAUACAAAACGUGAGAAUAAAACACGCACGUGAGAGUGACACAUAUUACUAUUUAUUACUCUUUGAUCUCAGAUUCACCAUCAUCAUCUUUUCUAGGGAGAGAAAUGGCGGAUCGGUUCCAUAACCAGGCUAAACAGUAUUCGGAAACUCGUCCCAGUUAUCCCGACGAGCUUUUCCAAUUCAUUGGAUCCAAAACACCCAAUCACCACCUCGCUUGGGAUGUGGGAACUGGCAACGGCCAAGCUGCAACAUCUUUUCAGUUAGCUAGGAUGUACAAGAAUGUGGUUGCUACAGACACCAGCCAGAAGCAAUUGGACUUUGCACCCAAGCUGCCCAACGUGCGAUGGAUAUGUACAGCGCCCAACAUGUCCAUGGCCGAGCUCCAGCGAGAUGUUGCAGCAGAAGCAAGCGUUGACCUAAUUACCAUUGCUCAAGCCCUCCAUUGGUUUGACCUCCCAACCUUCUACCAGCAAGCGAGGUGGGUACUCAAGAAACCCCAUGGGGUCAUCGCUGCAUGGUGCUACACUGCGACUGACGGCGACGAUUCGGCUUGCAAUUCGAGCUCGGCAUUUGAUUCGGUCUUCCAACGCUUUUACUCUGAUUCCGGUCCUUACUGGGACCCUGCUCGCAAGUUAGUGGAUGACAAGUACAGAAGCAUUGAUUUCCCCUUCGAACCAAUCGAUGGAGCCAAUCACACCGGGCCAUUCGAGUUCAAAACAGAGAGAUUGAUGGAUUUGGAUGGGUAUUUUAGAUUCAUAAGAUCGUGGUCAGCCUAUCAAAUAGCACAAGAGAAGGGUGUUGAACUAUUGAGAGAUGAUGUGAUGGAGGAUUUUAAGCGUGCCUGGACUGAAGAUGGCAAUAACAAUCAAAAGCUAGUUAAGUCUUCAGUUUAUCUAAGGAUAGGAAAAGUAGGAAAUUGGAAAUAAAGCAUGUAUCAAGUUAUUCUUCAAGUAUUAUAAGGGUCCAAGUUAUGUACCUGUCUUUAUUGUAUCCUAAUAAUGAAUCGUGAUGAGAUGUAGCUGAAAAAAUCAACUACCUAACCACGGCAUUGCUAUUUUUAGUCUCAUUUCACCUACAGGGAAUAAUUUUUUGUUCUUC